AAGAACCUCAAAGUCUAUUCCUCCUCCUCCUUUUAAAUGAUUAAGAGUUGAAAAAAGAUUAAAAUUUGAAAAACAAUGGAAAAAUUGAAAAAAGAAGUUGAAAGUGGCUCACUCGCCUGUAGUGUGUAUUGCAAGACUGCUCACUACCUUCUGCUUAUGGGCUCAAAGUCAUGAAGCCGGCUUUCUUGUAUAAGGUUUGACAUGAACUCACCUUCUACUGCUGACUGGUUCAGUCACUCAGCUGUCAUUCAUUUUGUAGGACUAGAACUCACCUGCUCUUGGUGAUUGGCUCAAAGUCCCCCACCUGGCUCUCCUGCCUAUUACACGACUUUAGUUCCCUGUCUCCUGGUUUCUAACCCAUUACUUUGAUCUCUAAAAAAAAUUGGCUGUCAUUUAGAGAGAUCGUGUGGGCCAACCUCUCUCAACUGGCUAAGCACCUGAGCCAAGGUAGCAACCUUCUGGCAACUUCCCUGAAAAGGGAGUGUCUCCUCAGCCCAGCGGUUGUUGCUUAGACAACUGGCCUAGGUGUGGGUCAUCUUUGCUGUGAUGUCAUAAUGGAGGUAGGGGAGGAGUUAGAGGAGCCUGUAACUGUCAGGGAAGACCAAGUGAUCACCAUCCAGGCCAGCUCCUUGCUGCCAGAAGCUGCUGGCAUGGCUUCCCAAAGCCUCCGUGGUCACAUCUACCUCUACCUACUCAUGUCCUUCUUAGUGGGGGGGUCCAAAGUCCCCUGUGAGAAGCACCUGCGCUCCCGGAAACCCCUGCUGGAGUCCCUGCAGUGGGAGGCCUACUGGGUGCCCCUGAUGAUCAUCCUGGGUGGCUGCUGCGCCAUGGCCUGGAGCAUCCUCUUCAUUGCCUAUGACGUGGGCCGGGAAGGGGGGAAGAUGCUGCCACAGAUCCCUGGUGCCCAGGAGGAGGAGCAGAAGGAGGGAGGGGCCAGACAGGCGCCUCCAGAGGAGACAAAGGAGGAUGCUAACCUGCUAGAAAGUAAAAACUCAAAAGAAUUGCUUGGGACUCCACUGGAGAUAAAGCGAUCCAGAGAAGGAACUGAGCUGAACCAAAAAGGAUCCCAAGAGGCGAUUGGGAGUCCCCAGCAAAGUGAAGAAAAGAAGGGAGCCAAGGAGGGACUUGAAAAUCAACUGGAAAUCAAAAGAUUCCAAGAUAGGGCUGAGAAUCAACUGGAAAGAAAUGGAUCCCAUGAAGGUGUUGGCUUCCCUUUCUCGCAGGGAGCAAAUGAUUCUGCCUCCUUUAGACCCAACCAGGGGGAAGACCAGCCAUGUGGGAAGCUCUGGGUCACCAUGGAGAAGGAACUGGAGAGGCUCUUGCAGCUGCUGCGCUUCUGCCGGUCCUCUGGGCCGGGUCCCUUGGUCGAAGGGUCUCUGAGCCCAGCAGUUGAGGAGGCCACACCCCCUCCAGCCACAGAGACUCCCAACCCUGUAGCGGAGGAGACCCUGAGUCCUACCCUGCCACAAGAGACACCAACCAUCCCAUCUGAGGAGGCUCCGAGGUCAGCCAGCUCCAGGCAGAGUCCAGCUACAAUGCACCUCGUCAUCUGUGGCCUUCCCAGCAGUGCAUGUCUGAACAGGAGCCAAAGAAGAAGGGACAGGAGCAGAGGGCGUAAAUAAACUCCACAUGCUAA